UGUACACUUCACUGGAGGGCUGUUGGGCACGGCAGCUCGCACCCCACACCAGCCUGAGUGCGGGUGGGGUUGGUGCCGGGACGAUGGAGCAGAGCGAGCUGCGGCACCGCCCCUGGGCGUCCCAGGCGGACAGCGAGGCUCUGAGCGAGGCUGAGCUAGAGGAGAUCGCACCGAGAACCCAGGCGCCGCGGCCCUCUCUCUGCAGCAGGCUCCGGGACGUAAGGUGCUCAUGUGCUGCUGCCAAGUCCCUUCUGUUCCAGUUCCUGCCGAUCCUGAGCUGGCUGCCCCGGUACCCAGUCAGGGACUGGCUCCUCGGUGAUAUUAUGUCGGGGUUCAGUGUGGGCAUCAUGCACCUCCCCCAGGGUUUAGCUUAUGCGCUCCUGGCAGGGGUGCCUCCCGUCACUGGCCUCUAUUCAUCCUUCUAUCCUGUCUUCCUGUACUUCCUGUUUGGAACAUCUAGGCACAUCUCAGUGGGCCCCUUUGCCGUCAUCUCUGUCAUGAUCGGCAGCGUGACAGGCUCACUGAUGCCCAACAGCAACUUCAUGGAUCCGGUCAAUGGCACAAAUGAGACAGUCCUCAACGAGGCAAGGAGAGAUAGCGCCAGGGUGGAACUGGUGGCUACACUCACUAUCCUGGUGGGCAUCUUCCAGAUGGCCCUGGGGAUGCUGCAGUUCGGAUUUGUGGUCACCUACCUGUCCGAGCCCUUGGUGCGGGGCUAUACCACAGCUGCUGCCGUCCAGGUGCUGGUCUCUCAGCUGAAGUACGUCUUUGGGGUGGAGGUGGCUGAGCAGUCAGGGCCGUUAUCCAUGUUCGCUGCCUUCAUUGAGAUCUGCACCAAGCUGCCACAGACCAACGUGGGCGCCCUGGUCACUAGCCUGAUAGCCAUGGCCGCCAUCCUCGCUGUCAAGAUGCUCAGUGCCAAGUUCGCCUCCAAGCUCCCCAUGCCCAUCCCCAUAGAACUCAUCACGAUCAUCGUCUCCACGGGGAUCUCCUAUGGAGCCGGCCUGAAGGCCAAGUUUGGGAUUGCUGUUGUGGGCGACAUCCCCAGUGGGAUGAAACCACCAGUGGCUCCCAACGUCAGUUACUUUGGGCAGGUGGUGGGCAAUGCCUUUGCCAUCGCCGUGGUGGGCUAUGCCAUCUGCAUCUCCCUGGGCAAGAUCUUUGCCCUGAAGCACGGCUACAAGGUGAACAGUAACCAGGAGCUGAUAGCCCUGGGGAUUUGUAAUUUCGUGGGUGGCUUUUUCCAGUGCUUCAGCAUCAGCUGCUCCAUGUCCCGGACCCUGGUGCAGGAGACCACUGGAGGGAACAGUCAGGUGGCCGGGGUUAUCGCCUCACUUGUCAUCUUAGUGACCAUUUUGAAGAUUGGGCAGCUCUUCCAAGACCUACCCAAAGCCAUCUUAGCAGCCAUCAUCAUUGUGAACCUGAAGGGCAUGUUCAAGCAGUUCACAGACAUCCGCACACUGUGGAGGUCCAAUCGCAUAGAUCUGCUCAUCUGGCUCUUGACCUUCGUGGCCACCCUUCUGCUGAACCUAGACAUGGGGCUGGGGGUCUCUGUGGCGUUUUCCCUGCUCACAGUCAUCUUCCGGACCCAGAUGCCCCGCUACUCCAUCCUGGGGCAGGUUUCCAACACAGACAUCUACAGAGACGUCGUGGAAUAUAACAAGACUGAGGAAAUUCCAGGCGUGAAGAUUUUCCGCUCUUCGGCCACAGUGUAUUUUGCCAACGCUGAGCUGUAUGCAGAGGCCCUGAAGGAGAAGAGUGGCAUUAAUGUCGAUUACCUCAUUGGGAAGAAGAAGAAAGCCCUCAAGAAACAGAAGAAGCAGCAGGAGAAGGACAAGAAGGAAGAGGCAAAGAAGAAAAAGAAAACUAACUCCAAGCUCUCAGAGGCAUCUGACCCCAGCAGCGAUGACCUCGGCUUUGUAGAUAUUGACAUGGAGACCAACAUGCAGGAGCUGGGGAGUGACUGCAAUGGAUCUGGCCCUGCAGUGGUUGACUCCAAUGGAAGCACGAUAGAGUUGGAGCCUCAAGCCAGCAGCACCCCAAAAGCCCUCAAUGAACCCACCCUGGAGUCUUUAGGUCUCAAAAAGCCUGACCUCCACUCCCUCAUCCUGGACUUCACCCCUGUCAACUUUGUGGAUACUGUCUGCAUAAAGAUCCUAAAGAACAUAUUCAGAGAUUUCCAGGAGAUAGAAGUGGAUGUGUUUCUUGUUGGCUGCCAUGCGUCUGUCAUUGACCAGCUGGAAAAAGGCAACUUCUUCAGCCAAACCAUCACCAAGCACCACCUCUUCGCCUCAGUGCAUGAUGCCAUCACCUAUGUCACCAGGAGGCAGGGACAGAGCAUGCCACAGCCGGUCACAACUUAUUCCAGCACUAAACUGUAGCCACCAAAAACAGCAUCUACUGUCCCCAGGAGCUGACCAGGUGAGAGGGAGCCACCAAGGAACAUUUCCAGAGGACUCUUUGAGCUGGCUGAUGUUUACAAGGGCAGGUGACAUGGGAUUCCCUGCCACUGGGAAUCUAACAGACACAAGAUCUCCUACUGCUGAGCAUCUGCUUUGGGCACUGGAGACCUGAGAUCAUCUGCCCUUGGGACCUCACUUUAGCUACUGGACAAACUGGGAAUCUAUCUCAAACUUGAAAUCUCCUUCUGCUGGGAAUAUUCUCUAGACACAGGAGAUCUGGGAUCUCAUGGGCUUAUGAAUCCACGUCACAAAGAAGAUCUUCUGCCUCUGGGAAUCCCCUCAGGGUCUGUGUCUGUGUCUGUGUCUGUGUGUCUCUGUAACUUGAGUGAUGGUGUCCUUAGUCUCUGUUUGCCAGAAGCUGGGAAUGAGUGACAGGGAUGGAUCACUUGAUGAUUACCUGUUCUGUUCAUUCCCUCUGGGGCACCUGGCAUUGGCCACUGUCAGAAGACAGGAUGCUGGGCUAGAUGGACCUUUGGUCUGACCCAGUAUGGCCGUUCUUAUGAAAUAUCACUGGAGAGAAGCUGCACUUGAGAGUUUUCCACUUGGCUGUUUAAUUAGAUUGAUGUUCUUCAAUUGAACCAGACAAACAGUUCUAUUGACUGUGCAAAAUUCCCUGCAAAGAGCAAUACUGAACCAGCCCACAGGCUGGAGGCUGCCUAAGAUUUUGUCCCCUCCCUGCAUCCCAUUUCCAACUUUGUGGGUAAAAAACCAAGAGCAAACUCCGACCUUGCCACAUGGGCCAACCUGUGAAUAUGCACAGAUUUUAUUAUAGAGAGAGAGAACACGAAGAUCAGAGUAUCACUUUCUAGGGUGCAAUCCAGACCAGUAAGGAGCUGUCACCACCUGUCCUGCAACCUUGGGUGCCUCAUCAUGCAUUGCUGUAACUCCCAACCUGGCCCCUCGCAAACAGCAUGCAGGUCACAGCCUGAGGGUCUGUGUAUAGCUGCAGUCUGCCAGCAGCUCCUGGCUUCCACCAGAAUUGGUUACCACUUGCAGAGUGAUUUCAACACACUCCCAGUCCCGGAUUUUCCCCAAAGAAUGUGUGUUUGGCACCUUACAGCCCUUUCCUAGACAGUCCAGAUGUUCGUCUGUUGUCAUUGUACAACAGUUGCUACUUUAACUGGAGUUACCAAACAAUUCAGUUUAAACACAAUACUGGAUUAGAUUUGAAUAAAGAAUAAAACAAGUUUAUUUAACUACAAAGAGGGAGAUUUUAAGUGAGUACAAAUUAAAGGUAUUAAAGUCAGAAAUGGUUACAACAGAAAUAAAGAUAAAUCACUUUCUAGUAACUAAACUUAAACUAUACUCAGUUUAAGGUAAAAUUCUUAUCAAACUUUCCCAGCACCAGGGCUGACUAAAUUUUCAAGUAGAGCCUCUCUCAGAAUCCAAAGGCUGGUUCCUUUGUCUUCUCAGCUGAAAAAGUGAGAGAGAGUGUGUGUGUAUCUGGGGUGUUCCCUCCCCCGUUUUAUAGGCUGGUUGCCCUUUGAAAUGCAUUUUCCUGAGGGUUACCCCUAGAUGAAAUUUCUUCCAGCUAUGAGGAUGGAGCAGUGAAAGAGGUUCCAUGGUGUUGGUUAAAAUGUAAAUUGGUCUGUUACUGCCCCCCCCUUCACUGCCAAAGAAUGGCCACUUGACCAGUGAUUGCCAAUCAACUUCAAUGACCCCUGACUAGAGGUGUCAGUUUGUCCUUUGUCUUGGAGAAGCUGAUUUACCCGCUCCCCAGACUUAUCUGGUCAACACAUUUCAGUCAUAACUUCAGCUUAUAUUCAUAACUUUCCAUAUAAUGUGGCUACAUGCACUUCACCAUGCCAUUAUUGAUCAAUGAGUUAUUAGUUUUCAAAUGAUACCUCACAAGGCAUAUUUUGUACAAAGAUUAUUGCAGUUGUGUAAGGUGUGAAUACAGGGGUGCAUUCAGUGACAUAGAGGUAUUGCUUACUAUUUAUUAUCAAUACUGUACAUGUUGUGGUUCUUGAGAAAAUCAUAGCUGCCAGAAAAGGAAAAGACACAUUAGAUUAUCCAGUUCAUUAGCUGCCCAGGACAGGAUUGUUCCUACAGAAUAUUUUCAAGUGUCCAAGCCCCACCACUUCCUUUGAAGAACUCUACAGCUUAAUGCAUCUAGUAAAUACAGGACCUGAAAAAUGUGUUUAGUCAGUGAAUAGACUGUUAGACCUGUAAAGGAGUUAACAGAAGGCAGGAAUUAGUUCUGAUAAUUAACUGUUAUCUAGCCUGAUUCAUGUUGCACUGCUAAGACUUAAUUUGAAAAUAUGAUCUGACUUAAAACCCAAUCACUAUGAAUA